AUAUGGAGGAGCUCGUCGCGAUGGAAAGAAUCGAUCGUGGGGCGGUUAAAGAGCCGCGCGCAGUUCCAUCUCGCUUCGUGGAAUUUCCGAGCCCCGCCCUUAUUGCCGGACCAGCUGCGAUUUGCCUUCGAAUCGUCGAAUUGUCGAAUUGCGCAAUUGUCGAACUGUCGAACUGUCGAGAAUCGGUGCAGUGCUUGCAGUUUCGGCAUCCCCGGCUGGCGAUGGAAGGAGGGUGUCAGUGGUAGAGGCGAUCGUCGGGGAUGGGAGCAGGGUGAGCUGAUGACAGAGGCAUGAAAUGGGGUGCGGGGUCUCUAAAGAGGACAUUGCCGAGCCUUCUCGCAUCCAGUCGGUGGUCGUCCGAGAUGGCUCGGACACCAAGUCUCUCGAUGUCGUGACCACCACUCCCGUGACCCAAGAGCCCCUCACCGCCAACGUCACGACCACCACCCCUCGCGCUUCUCCCGUCAGCGUCAGCGUCGCCCCCAACAAGCUUCCAUCUCCGCUUCCAACUCCUCCUGCGCCCAUCGCCGUCCCCGCCCCCGCCCCCGCUCCAUCUCCAGCCCCAGCCCCAGCCCCAGUCCCAGUCCCAGCCCCAGCUGCUGCUGCUGCAUCGCCGGAUCAUCGUGUGGCGAAUGGGACUCCGCUUCUGCCUUUCCCCUUCGCCACCAGCAACGGAGACUCGUGCACGCAUUGCGCCAAACCAUCGGACGAACCGUCGGCCGGAGUGGGCAAGGCGCGAGUCAGCAAUGGGUUGGUCGGGACGCUGGCCAGUCUCGAAGAAAUUCUGAACGCGCAGGAAGCCUCCGCACAGAAAUGCAAACCCAAGGUCACCGCGGACAAGAUUGUGAGCUAUGGCGGAGUCCUACGCUCGCUGGAGAGUACGGUGGAGUUGCAACAAGGAGCUGAAGAGCACCAUCACGGCGGCCAUUCUGAACCAGAGGAGAAGGAAGCUCCGAGUGCUCAAGGUGUGCUGAGCCCCGCCCGGAGCAACGGCGAUGAUCCGGCUGACAGCCCCGCAAACCUGCCCUCGCUGGAAGUGGCACGCAGAAAGCUUCCGCCUUUGGCAACUCCACCUUCUUUUAUGAUCGACAAAGGGACCAAUCCCUUCGUGAAAGCACCGCUGCCCACGCAGUUGCUGAAAUCACUCUCAGCACAGACGAAUACACACGACAUCCCUGUGUCGUCCAUUGAUUUGACCACCCAUCUAUCAGCGCCUUCUUCUGCUCAUUCCACAACAACAGAAACUGUGAUCGUUGAGCACGUGAAGGACAUCACGGUGGUGAAUGGCACUCCUGGAUUUGAGAGCGAGAAGUGUUCGAGUCCACGGCAGUGGACCUCUUUGGAAGACCUGCACCCUGAAGAUGCAGAGCUUGAGAACAUCAUCCUGCUGGAGACGCUCGAGGCAGGAGACCCCAACGACGGAGACUUUGGCUCCAGAGUCAACCACAUCAACCAUAACAUUCGUGUCACCAGUCUUACCUCUGAGUUGGGAGUAUCGUCAAACGGCCAGCACAGCCCAUAUUCUUCCUCGUGCUCUCAGCGAUCGUAAAUUCUUGACAGAGCUUGAAGUUUGCACUUCAGAUCAUCCUGGAAUCUGCUAGAUGAAACCACACCCAUCUAGCGUAGCAUCACAUUAGCUGGAUCAGGAGUAGUACGGCUUUUACUUCAACGACGACAACUGUGUGGCCUGGCCCUGGCCUGCCUCGUCUCGGUGUUGGCUGCGAGACUCCUCUUUCAGCCCCAUCAGCAGCGAUGGUCAGAGCCAUGACAACGCAUGUAGAGUGCAAUUUAUGUAUGAAUUAAUGCUGUUUUCGGGCACACAAAUGUCGGUUGGACUGCACUCGUGCCGCGGGAUCUAUUCUGAAUUUCCUAUGGAUCUGUACUGCAUUAUUAAUCGGUAGUUACAACUUAGAAGCAAGCAGUUCAUGAACUUCAGCUGCUUCUAUGUCAGCUUCUAUGUAACCUGUGGAUUCCACUAUUGCUGUCUGAAAUUUGAAAUGCGUUACAAGGGCCUUUGAUGGAACAUCUCUCUCAGACAGACACCAGCUCCAUGAGUUGCUCCAUGCUAGCACACACUCGGCAAACUUGACGUGUUCAGAACUACGAUAUGAACGAUCGUAUGGGUGACACGACUGUAACUUCGGUAUUUGAACCUCAGAGAAAAUUUGCUUGCCUCAGUUU